CUCUCGACGCCAUUACACAUUUCGAUAGUGCGAGUGCAAGCAAAAAUUGUGGAAAACUUUUUCAUUAAAUUUGAGCUCAUUUUCAGUGAUGUGGAGUUCUGAAAGUGUGUGAAAAUUGAAGUGAAAGACUCACCAAUUGGUUUAGUGAUAGUUUAGAAAUCGACAGAGAUGUCCUCGUUGCAUUUUGUGGUUCAUCCUUUGCCAGGCACGGAAGAUCAGCUCAAUGAUAGAAUCCGUGAAGUGGCAGACAAAAUCAAUAAGUAUGGAUCACCGACCCCUGCUGCUUUGGCAUCCCUGAAGGUUCCCGUGAAGCAGGUGGUGAUUGGUCCGUCACAUCUAGGUCUCCUCCUUGAGGAUGGCAGGGCCUUUCGUGUGGCAUUUUCCGUUAUUCCCGAACGCCUGGACUUGAGCAAGCAGGAGCCAACGAAGAAAUUUUUAAGCAAUGGAGGCAGCAGUGGAAUUGCCAAUAAUUCAUCGAGUGGCUCGAAGAAUUCACCUGGCACCUCGAGGCAACUGGCCAGAUCCCGUGCUCGUAUCAUGCGAACAGCAUCCGUGAGAGGUGGCAGUGGUUCUCGCAGUACUGGAGUCAUCAUUGGUGGAGGAUCUUCUGGACGUUCAAUGGUCACUGUGCCGACUCCCUUUGUCCCAGAGGAACUUGUCUCACAGGCUCAGAUGGUGCUCCAGGGGAAGAGUCGCAAUGUCAUUAUCCGGGAAUUACAGCGUACGAAUUUGGAUGUAAAUCUGGCAGUAAAUAAUUUACUGUCGCGUGACGAUGAAGAGGGUGAGGAUACCGAGGAAGGUGGUGAGAAUUAUGUUCCUGAGGACUUGAUAUCUCUCCUCGAUAAUGGCUUUCAUACAGACAACAGUAUCAUCAUUGAUGCCGAUGCGUCAUUUUCUGAGGAAAUCUUCGGUUACUCGAGUAUUCGCAACUUGUUAUACAGUCGUGUUCGCAACGAGAGGAAUCAGAGCAGCAGCAGUGGUCCCAACGCCGAAGGUGGAAGCCAACGGUCGGGCAGUGGAGCUGGUGGUGCCAGUGGUAGUGGUGGUGGUGGAAGUGGAAGUGGGUCUGGUUCAGGUGCUGGAACUAGUUCCGGCGGCGGAGGUUCAGGCAGUGGCGUUGCGUCAGCUGACCGUGAUUCCUUCAGCCGCUGGCGCGAUAGGCACUAUUUUGGCCCACGUCGAUGGUUCCAUACAACACGUGAAGAAUCGGCCUGGGACAAGGAGACUGGUGUUGCAGAAACAAAAAAGAAAGAAGUAGCUUCGGGAUUACCGCUAUGGAUAUCUGAUGAACUGGAGGCAUGGCCAGAGAAGGACUUGGCUCCACGUUUCACUCAGAUUGCGUGUCUUCAUUCGGAGUUUAUUGGUGUUACUGCCAAAGGAGAACUACAUCAAUGGCGUUGGAGUGAUCAAGAUCCGUAUAGGAACUUAGAGAAUCCAAACAUCCAUCAUCCUAAAACCGUAUCUCUCAAUCUCACAUUUGAGAAAGUCAUUCAUAUCUCAGCUACAUCCAUUCGCUGUACAGUUGGCACUGAGAGUAAUCGUGUUGCCACGUGGAUGGAUGAAUUGUUGGGUCAUGCUGGGAGUAAGCUAGAGCAUACUCCAUUGACUCUGCCUGAUUUGGCAUUGGAAAAGAUUGUGUCAUUGCACACUUGUACCCUGUACACUGUUGCACGCACAGACAGUGGUGGUCUCUAUUGGUGGGGUGUCUUGCCCUAUGGACAGCGAAAGAGACUGUGGGAUAAGUAUAAGGCAAAGACUAAGAAACCCGUAAGAAAUAGUAGUAAUACACCUGAAGUGACUGUAGGUGCACAGGUGUGCAUGAAAAAUUCACCAAUGUACAUGCCUGGUGCCAUUGGUUUUACCAUAUCCAAUGGUGUACCAAAAGUGGGACAAUUGUUGAAUGCUGCAUGGGAAUUUGCUGAUACGUGUCGUUUUAAAUUGGUGUCUGUACCAUUGCCAAAUGGGAAUUGUGGUAGUAACACGGGUAUUUUGACGUCGAAUGAUCUGAAGGAUUUGCCAAAGUCAAGUGGAAGUGGUGUUACACAGACACAAAAUACCACUAGCAAUACAACGGCAAAAACGGGAAAUAAUCCAAAUAAGGAGACUGCUGAUCGUAUGGAUAUGCCACCACCACCAUCACCAGCAUCAAGUACAUGUAGUGAUACUGGGAGUGUGACAUCGCAUAAGCGUCAAAAGAGGAUGGCACCGAAGGAGGAUACGGAUAGUAAGAAGGAUGAAGAAUUGUGGACAUUGAGAGAUGUGGUAUUUGUGGAAGAUGUUAAGACCGUUCCUGUGGGACGUGUUGUGAAAAUUGAUGGAGCAUAUGCGGCUAUUGAAUUGCCGAGUAGUAAUAAUGCUGAACCUAAGGAUGAAGGUGAUGUCUGGACAAAUUGUCGAUUGAUGAAGAAGGAGGAUUUGCAGGUGAUGAAAUCAGCCAAUACAUCGAGGGGUCCUGAUUGUUUUCAGAAAAUCCCAAGACGUAUUGUACUGUCGACUCAACAGCAGGCCAAUGGAUCACAAUUGUUGACAUUGGCAGUGGAUUCAAAGGGGAUUCAUGCUAUCAUGAAGACAGGUACAAAAUUGCACUAUUCACUCUUCAAUCUCAAUACAGGACGUCAGGAGCAGGAUAGUGUUUUUCCCAGUGAUAUCAAUUCAUUCUUGGGGAUAUCACCGAGAAAUGUUUCGCUGACGUGUGCAUCGGAGUGUUCAGAGAGUGUUUUGCUACUUCGAGAUGGCAAUAGUACAAUCUAUCCAUUGGCUAAGGAUUGUAUGGAUGCCAUACGUGAUCCACAAUGGUUGGAUUUUCCACCAAUUAAAUGUGUCACAGCAUCAUCACUUACACUUCCGUCGGUUGGAGUCAAUAUGAAAAGUCAAGUGGCAGUAAUUGUCAUGGUGCCUGAUCGUCAAAUUCUCAUGCCACGUAUCCUUCGGUGUGACUUUAAGGGGGUCAAAUCGAUUCUGAGUCAGUUGGAAAAUGGCGAGUUGAAGGCACAAAUUAAUAAUAUUCUGGCAGAACGUUGCGAUGGAAAUAGAAAUAUUAUUCAUGCUUGUGUAAGUAUGUGUGCUCCAUCAUCCAAUAAGGACAAUGAUCAGGAUAUUUCGGCAAGUGGAUCGGGUCUUGAGUGUAUAAAUAUCAUUUCAAACUCCUUUGCUGGAUGUCGUACAGUUGGUCUACGUGACAUAAUGCGACGUCCAACGCAUCGUGAUAUUGAUACAUCAGGUAACAAUAGUGGUUUACAAGCUGGCAAUGAGGAUAGUAAUUUUAUGCCUGUUACUUUCUGGCCACCGGAGUAUGAUCCAAAUUCCGGUGAUGAAGAUAGUCUGUCUGGGUUGAAUGCCACAUCAAAUCAAUCAAAUAAAGGUGCCACAUAUAUUUCUGAUGCAAGUGAAAGGAGAGAAAAUGCAAUACCAUCAUUGGCACUGAUGUGCUCAAGUCCAGCACUACAGCCACAUUUGAGGCAUCUACUGAGUGGAAAGGAUGCCCAAGGUCAAACACCAUUUAUGUUGGCCGUGUCAACGCGUGCCUAUCAAGCGGGAAAAAUUCUCUUUGACAUGAUUAUGCAGUUGUCAGCAGGAGAUGCAACUGUGAGGGAUUCAAUGAUAUUCCCACCAGGUUCAAAUCCCGACCAGUCACCACUAUAUGUACUCUGUUGCAAUGAUACGUGCUCUUUCACAUGGACCGGAGCCGAUCAUAUCAAUCAGCAUAUUUUUGAGUGUCGCACCUGUGGACUGGUUGGUUCACUGUGCUGCUGCACAGAAUGUGCCAAAGUUUGCCAUAAAGGUCAUGAUUGCAAGAUCAAACGUACUUCACCCACAGCCUACUGUGAUUGCUGGGAGAAGUGCAAGUGCAAAACACUGAUCGCAGGCAAUCAAACGAAACGCUUUGAAUUGCUGUGCAAAUUGGCAACAGACACAGAUUUAGUGACACGCUUCAAUUCACGCGGAGAAUCAAUUCUCCUAUUUCUAAUUCAGACAGUUGGACGUCAAUUGGCCGAACAGAGUCAAUAUCGAUCGAGUUCACGUGUACGCAAUCCAGCUUCGAGUAAUUCACGCAAGACACCAUCAAUGGAUGUAGAUACAGAUAUGCCAGAGCACAAUUUGGAACCGCCGAGAUUUGCCAAGAAAGCCGUUGAUCGACUUUUGAUGGAUUGGGCAGCAGUAAGGGCUAUGAUAAUGACAGGAGUGGAACAGAAGCAAGAGACACCCGUUACAACUCCACCACCACCUGCACCAUCCAAUCGACCAUCUGGUCAGACAAUUUACGACGAAAUGGACAAUCAAUCGCUGUACCUUCAGAGUCAGAGUGGAACUAAUCUCUUGGACAAAUUCACGCACAGUCUCUUUGUGUGCUGCAACCACGAACCCCUCGAUACACUUCUCAUGACACUCGUACGUGAGUUGCAAAAUGAUCGUAUUCCAGGACGUGUUGAUGAUGCUCAAAAAGUAGCAAGACGCUUCAUAAGAUCCGUAGCAAGGGUUUUUGUCAUCUUUAGCAUUGAACGGGUUCCAGUGGCGGAUAAGCAGAAGGUACCACAGUCGCAGAAUCGUAAUAUUCUCACGUGUCGUCGAGUCUUUCAGUCACUCAUUAAGAUAUCCAUUGAGGAAUUGUGUGAAACUGCUGAUGCUCUAAUUGCUCCCGUGAGAUCAGGCGUUGUCAGACCAACAGCACCAUUUACUCUCUCACCGAGCAGCUCUGAUAAUUCUGAUGAUGUGUUCUCUGUGGAGCCUCUUGCUCCACCCACAACACGACACAGUAUCACAAUGUCAUCAACAUCAGCCGUGUCACGCAUUGACAGUGAACAGCAACCGAGUUUCAUGUCAAGAAUUAAUGUGAGAUUAAGGGAUAUUGAUGAUCAAAAUGAUGGAGAUGCUAUUGGUCAAGAUGAUGGAGAAAUUUCUGAGCAGGAUGAAGUAAUGGAGAGAGAUAGUCGAUCAAAUGUGCGUCCAAAUAAUGCUAAUAUGGAAGAAGAGGCUCAAGAUGCAUUGGGUAGAAAUGAGGAAGCUGCCCAGGAGGGUGAAAGUGACACUGAAUUUAAUUUCGCAGAAGCCGAAACUGAGAGUGAUUCUGAUGACAAUCAAAGCACUCAAGAUGCCCAAAGGAGUGUCCAGACAGGCGCUACAGCUGGUUCCGAUACAGGUAUUCUCUCACGAAUAAUAAUCCAAAAUGAUCCAGACGAUUCUGGUGAAUCAAGUCAACCAGAUGACGAUGGUUCUGAAGAUGGUGAAACAGAUGAGCAUUCCCAGGAGGAUUUUACGUAUGCUCUGGGUGAGGAACAGCUGGAACGUAGGACUGCAUCAUCGGGCAAUCAGAGAAACAAUCUGGCACCACAGAGUAUGCAAUGGGCUAUAAGAAAUAGGGAUUCUAAUCGAUCGUCGGGUGUUCGAUUGACAGCCGGUGGGUCAAAUCUCGUAUUUAUUGAUCCGACUGCCUUGAGAAGAUCAACAGCUGCAAAUGCUACACAAGAUCCUCAUCCAGGUGGUACAACAGCCAGUUGCCUGGCAAGGGCUUUUGGUAGUGUUGUGCGACAGAUAUCGGAAUUGCUCAAUACUCCGCCAGAUUGUAUGCAACAAACACCACCGAUGCAGCAAGUGCUCAAUUUUACGUAUCAGGACACGGUGAAGUUGCAGAGGUACAUUGAGACACGACUGAAGUCAACAUGGGAUUGGAUACUCACAGUUAUGGAUGCCACAGAGGCUCAAUUGAAAUUUGGUGCUUCUCUGACACAUUCAGCUGAUCCAUCUCAUCCACUUCAUCCACUGCAUCCGCCACAUCAUCCACCGUCAAAUGGCAGUGGAAGUGGAUCAAUGGGCGUUAGUGGAUUGGGAAGUGAUUCACAGCCAUCACGGAGGGAAUUUCUGACGUAUUGCCUGUCCCUGAUGCGUGCACAUAGUUCUGAACAUCGAGAUUCUCUGCCGGUAUUGGAUAUUACUGCACUACGCCAUAUAGCCUAUGUCUUGGAUGCCAUUAUUUUCUACAUGCGAUCAGCCACGGAGCACGAUUUAGAGAGGAAUGAUGGUGGUGGAUGGAAUGAUCAGGAUGAGAAUGACAAUGAGGAGACUGAAGAUGAAUUGUCUUCGACGUUGGGCGUUGAAACGGAUUCUGUUGAUGAUGAUCUAGGACCAUCAUUGGGACGUCGUCAUGGUUUUUUCCAGCGUUCUGACUCAACACUGUGCCUGGGUUGUCCAGCACCAGAUCCCUUCAAUACACCCAUGGCCGAAGCCUUGCCAUUGGCCGAUCAGCCACAAUUACUUCAGCCAAAUGCUCGUCGAGAGGAUAUGUUCUCAAUGCCCAAGCAUCAAAUUACCGUGCCACCAGUGGGAAAUGAACAGCCAGGAAUCAAUUCGCCACUGGAAGUGCCACCAACGCGACUAGGAUUGUCAUCUGUUGGCAUCAAUACAACAACAACAACAACACCGCCAUCGCCAAGUUAUGUUGAAUUAAUUCCAGAAAUGAUUCCAACAGAUGAAAUAAUUGCCGAAGAAUCUAUGAGUCAGCAGGAAUUGCCAAAAGUAACGAAUGAAAUGGAAAAGAUGGUUGAGAGUGAUGUGAGUGAAAAUGCAAGUCUUGUACCAAUAGCAGGACCAUCGAAAGAACCUACACAACCACCGCCCACAGAAACCACUCCAACGGAAUUUUCCAGCAAUGUUUAUGUGCAUCUGAAGAAGAGAAAGUACUAUGAUCACUUUGCCACCACCACGGAAGAGGUAAAAGCGCAAACAGAUGAAGAACCACAGGAUCUCUCGUGUUCCAAAGAGAGCAUCACAAAGAUGGAUGUUGAUACGGAUAAUGAUGUUGUGAGUGAUUCAGAUUCGGAGUCAGGGACAAAUCAAAAGAUGCCAGAGAGAGGAGAAGAAUCUCAGGAUCAGUCAUCAUCAUCGGCAUCAUCAUCCAUACGGCCACAGAUUAUUGUGACACCGAGAAAAGUAGCGGCUGCCAUUGAGUCUGUGACGGCAAAUGUCCUGGCCAAAAAUAAAAAGUCCAACUUGGCUGAAUGUGUCUCAGAAGUUCCAAUAACACUUUUGCCCACGUCAUUCUCAGUGUUUGACAUUCAGGGUGCUUCGUCAUCUGGAGCAUCAGGCAGUGGUGCUGGACCAAGUGGAUCUCCUUCGAAGAGUGUCAUUGUACGUGCUGGAUCAUCGGCUUGUUCAAACUCCAAUGAAGUUCUUCAGCAACCAGAUCCCAUGGAGACUCAAGAAAUUUCUGCUCAUGUCACAGUUGAAACCACUCCGUCAGUACAGGCACCAAUGCACCAUGAACUGCCCCCAAGAGGCCUCUAUUUCAGAUCAAGUGUAGCCAGUCAGCCAAUAACAUCUGAUUUGCUCCUUGGCCGUUGGAGAUUGUCACUGGAUCUCUUUAGUCGGGUGUUUAUGGAGGAUGUUGGUCUGGAACCGGGCAGUAUAGUGUGUGAAUUGGGUGGUUUUCCUGUGAAAGAGGCACGCUUUCGGCGUACAAUGGAAAAAUUGCGCAAUAGCCAACAGAGAGAUUUAAUAUUGCCAAAGAUGGAGCGAAAUCGUACGAGUCUCCUCAUCCAGACAUUCAAAGAGUUGAAUACACAAUUUGGCAACCAGACACGACGUUCCCAUCCACCGCUCAUAUUCAAUCGCGUCAAGGUGACAUUCAACAAUGAACCGGGUGAGGGUUCCGGGGUGGUGCGUGGUUUCUACACAUCGAUAGCUGAAGUGAUUCUGGCGAAUGAGAAGUUACCGAAUUUGGAGGCGGCUCAAGUCGGUCCAAGUAAGUAUUCUGUGCCAUUUGGUUCGAUGUUGAGACAUCGUGGUGUCACAGGAUCUUCUGCACGAGAUGCAGUUCCAACAUCGGCAGCUUCGCAGGCAGCAGCAGCAUCAUCAUCAUCAUCGUCAUCAUCAACGCGGCGGGUGUUCUCCAACAAAUCCCUCUGGCGACCUGGACGUGAGUCACGGAAGACUCUCAACUACGAUGCUCGACCCUAUACACCUCUGUCAGCCAUUGGCAAUGCAGGAUCAUCAGCAGCUGGUGGUUCUAGUGGCAGUGGGAAUUCGGGCAGUGGGGUUACUGGAUCAAGUGGCACCAACUCCACCGAUCACAUUACCGUUCAGAUGGGCGAGCGACUCUAUCCCAGGGUGUAUGCUCUUCAUCCAAAUCAUGCGUCCAAGAUCACCGGAAUGCUACUAGAAUUGCCACCGACUCAACUCCUCAUGCUCGUCUCGUCGGAGGAGACACUCAGGCAGAAGGCCAAUGAGGCAAUGGAUGUGAUUAUCUACAGGCAACGAUUGGAACCCGAAAAUUCCGGAGGAGGUCCAUCAAGCAGUGCCAAUUUGGGUGAAUCAUCAACAAGUGGAACUGGUGGUGGUCAAUCGUCUGGUGGAUUUUCACCCACGAAAAAGAUGAAUCCGAUUGUUGUGUUGGAAGAGUGUCAGUUGGAUGAUUCAGCACCUCUGUUUUAUUCGCCGGGAAAGAGAGGUUUCUAUACACCGCGACAGGGAUGUGCCACAUACGAACGGAUAAAUGCAUUUAGAAAUAUUGGACGAUUGAUUGGACUGUGUCUAUUGCAAAAUGAAUUAUUCCCCGUAUUCCUGCAGCGACAUGUGCUCAAAUAUAUUCUAGGUAGACCAAUAAGAUUCCAUGAUCUUGCAUUCUUCGAUCCAGUCAUCUAUGAAUCACUGCGUCAUCUGAUAAAGGAUUCUCAAUCGAAGAAUGGUGUUUCCAUUCUCAUGAGUUUGGAAUUGAACUUUGUAAUUGAUUUGUGUCCGGAGGAAGGAGGUGGUUCGGUGGAAUUGGUGCCUGGUGGACGCGAUUUACAAGUGAAUGAGACAAAUGUAUACGACUAUGUACGAAAAUAUGCCGAGUUUCGUAUGAUAAAAGCACAAGAGAAGGCCCUCGAAGCACUGCGACAUGGUGUUUACGAUGUUCUGCCAGAAUAUGCAUUUGAUCGUCUAACAGCGGAAGAUUUGCGUUUACUACUCAAUGGAGUGGGAGAUAUUCAUGUUGGAACACUCAUUUCCUACACCAAUUUCAAUGAUGAAUCGAAUGAGAAUAGCGACAAAUUGUUGAAAUUCAAACGAUGGCUCUGGAGUAUCGUGGAGAAGAUGAGUGCAUUGGAGAAACAGGAUUUGGUGUACUUCUGGACCGGUUCUCCGGCUUUGCCGGCAUCUGAAGAAGGAUUCCAGCCAAUGCCAUCAGUCAAUAUUCGACCAGCAGAUGAUACACAUCUUCCUACGGCGAAUACUUGUAUCUCACGACUCUACAUCCCGCUCUACUCCAGCAAGGCGAUCCUCAGGCACAAACUUCUUCUGGCCAUUAAGACGAAAAGCUUCGGAUUUGUCUAAUUUGACAAGAGAAAAAAUAUCUCGUGCGAAGAGUCUGGAUAAUGUGAGUGUAAAAAAGUUGUAAUUUUUUUCACUAUAAAUUGAUUAUGAUUUAUUAAACAAAACAAAAAAUGGACAAAAAAUCUCUCUAAAGUAAAAAUGAGAGAGAGAGAGAAAAAAACCAACGCGAAUAAAUUCGAUAAGGAAAUUCAUAAUAGAAAAUAAUAUCAUAUUUUUCUAUUUAUUUAAUUAAUAAUAAUUAUUGGUAUAUGAAAAUGAUAUAAUGAGGAUAUACAUUUUGAUUGUUGAAAUGUAACGUCAAUGAUAAAUUGAGCAAACAAAUGCAUAAAUUUAAGCCACACUAUUUCGUUUACAUUAUUUUUCUUUUUGUUAAGUUCUUAUCGAAACUAUAUUAUUUUUUUUUCGUCUUUCAAGUUGAUUUUUUUUUACAUAAUAAAAUCUUUAUGUUUUUGCUGUGAUUAAAUAAAGACAGGAAACACCUUGCAAAGGAGUAAAUGCAUUGAUAAUGUAGCAAAACCGUCAAGAAAAGAUUAUUAUUCAGACAGUUCUCCACUUAACAUUUUCUCAAUGGUUUUAUAUUAAAAAAAAAACUAAAGUCUCUUCUUUCGAAAUUCAAAUGAUGAGAUGAUUGAUUUAUUUUCUAUAUUGAUUUUAAAUAAUCAAGAAAAUGUGUGGCUCUUACAAAGAAAACAAAAUGGAAAAUUUACAUUUUCAACAUGAAAUAACAAGGAAACAAUAUUGUAAAAUUCAUAAUAAAGAGAAAUGAGAUCUUAAAAGCAAAUAAAAAGAAACACGUAUCACAGAGAAGAACACGGAAUUUAGAUGGAAAAGAAAGAAAAAAGUUUAAAGUAAUCUUGCUGUCGGUAUAAUAUAUAGGUAGUAAUAUUCACGCAUAAUAAGAUUUACAAUUACAGUAAUGGAUUAAUAAUUAUUAUCUCAAUUAUUCUGAUAUGGAGAGAAUAUAAUAGUUGGCAACAAAA